GGCCAACACACCACGCCUGUGCUAGAGAGAGACAGGUGAGGUGUAAGAGUCCGCUCAUAAAAAGUCACUGUGACGUCAUCAGGCGGGACUCCAGGUGCGAGGCAGGUUUCCCAGUGAUCCCGGCUGUUUGUCCCGAACUCGUCUCACCUGCCUCACCCGUCUCACCUGACCGCCGGUGUUCCCAUCGACUCCCUGAGAAAACACAGGAACAACAACAUGGAGUCCAGAGAGGAAGAACAGGAGGAAGACCACCUCAGGUCACCUCUGGCAGACGAAGACACUGAGAACAUCGUCAGCACCACUACCACUGAUAAUACUGACUCUACUAGAACUGCUAAUACUACUACUACUACUGCAGCUGCCUGUAGUACUUUAACUACCACCAUGACUGCUGUCGCAACAUGUGGUGAUCGGACAGAGGGGGAAGAGGAAACAGGUGAGCGAGUCAGAGGAAACUCCGUUGCCAUGGCAGCAACAGGUGCUGACUCAGCAGACGAGGAGGUGACAGGAGAAGAAACCUGUCCUGGAGAUGAGGUGGGUGAGGAUGGGGAGGAAAACGAGUCCAUCUUCAUCUCUUCUUCAGAUUUAAGUCUCCCAGCAGGUGAUGGAGGGCAGGAGGGCGACUUCCAGCCAGGAGCCGUUGAGGACAAGUUUGUCUCAGAGAAGGAACCGUCGACGCCGACCAGAGACGGACCAGCUCCUCCCAGCAGUCUGGCCUUAUCACGACCAACGAAGAAAAAAGUCCUGGUGGCUCCAGCUCUCAGUCUGUCUUUAGGUCACAGUGAGUCAACGGUUUCGGAGGAAUUCCCCUCGGCCUUCCUCUCUCCUUCACCUGAGGACGAUGAUGAUGUGGGACUGGACUUUGACCUGGACGCCAUUGAAACGCCCUCUGACAGCGAAUCACUGCCCUUCCCCAUCUAUGACCUGGACUUGGAAGAUGACCUGCAGCGUCUUGGCCUGGCGUCCCGGCGUAACAGAGGGUUCAGCUCCAGUCCCAGGUCCAAGUCUGAUUUUCGGACCGGUUCUGGACCGGGAACAGACCAGAGUGGACUGGGAGCUCUGGAGAGGGAGGACGUGAUCGACAGUCAGGGCACCAGGUGGCGCUGUUUCUCCACAGGUGAUCCACCACAAGAGAGCCGGGUCGACAUGAGUGUCCUGGAGCCGUUUCUCAGGGUGCUGUCACACGGAGGUUACUGUGGAGACGGUAUGAAUGACAUCAUCGUGUUUUCUUCCUGCUACUUGCCGCAGAAUAGUCUGGAAAAUUACCAAUAUGUGAUGGAUCAUCUGUUCAGGUACGUCGUAGGAACUCUGGAUCUGAUGGUUGCAGAAAACUACGUGAUCGUGUAUCUCUGUGCUGGAGGUCAGACAGACAAACUACCAGGAAUCAGCUGGCUCAAAGAGUGUUACACCACCAUCGACAGGAGGUUGAGGAAGAACCUGAAGGGUUUCUACGUGGUUCAUCCCACCUGGUACAUCAAAGCCCUCAUCACCAUCAUCAAACCCUUCAUCAGCUCUAAGUUCAGCAGGAAGCUGCAGUUUGUCGACAGCCUCCAGCAUCUGUCCGGCGUCGUCCCUACUGAGCAUGUGCAGAUCCCAGACUGUGUCGCACAGUACGACCAGAACCUGUCCAGGUGAAGCUGUCCAGGUGAGGCUGUCCGGGUGAACCUGCAGACUCUGACCCUGCUGGGGGGGGGGGGUUUAUCUCUCCUCCUGCUCUGGUCAGGUCUUUUCUCAGAAGGUAACAGGUGAACUUGGUCAGUGUCGUAUCAGUGAGCAGGUCUGAAGGUCAGAAACACACCUGAGCUCUUCGUGCUGUUGCUGCUGGUCGAGUGUUGGAUGAAUAAUAAAAAUCAAGCGUGUAAACAUCCUGAUUCACCUUGAACAUGAAUAUUUUCUCUUGGAUCAAAGUUGGGUCAAAUAUCUCGAGUGUGCAGGACAGAAAAAUCUCCUUCUGGACUUCGGGGGCUUCACUGUGCUUCUUUAAACCUGAACGGACUUUAGCUGUUCCCUCUGCAGGUUUCUGGUCUUCAUGAAAACUGACCUGGGUCUGGUUUUAGACACAUUUCAACACUUUGGACACACAAAGUUCAGCUGGUACAGAAGGUGAAAAGUGACUUUUCUGCUAUUUUUCUUUUUAUUGGUUUUAAGUUGAACAAGAUUUUUGAGACCUGCUGGAGGUUUUUGAAACCAGCUGGAGGUUUUUGAGACCUGCUGGAGGUUUCUGAACACCUCUCCUGGCUCUGAAAGGGUCACUGCGUUGCUUUAAAACCGAUGAGUUCAGGAUGUUUUGGUGCUGAAUAAAACGAUGAUGGUCUUUGU